GUGGGCGUUUUACACGUAUGGCGGAAGGGCAGGUGCAACACCAAACCCAGCAGCAUUCUCACAACAACCGUUAUCAUCGCAGAGGGAAAGGCUACCGAAGGUGCAGAUAGGCCUGCAGAUACGUUUCCUGAUAGAGGAACACAACCUUUAUUUUUUUGGUUGUCGGAGUGUCUGGAGGCCCGUCGACAUGACUCUGAACCAGAACCACUCUGAGUCCGGCGGAGUCAUCAUCAACAACAGUGAAAGUGUGUUGAUGAACUAUGAUAAUGUGGAGCUGGUUUUCUGUGAUGCGGACAGGCUGCCUGAAGUCUUCAGAAAGAGCAAGAAGGGCAGCAUCUACCUAACUCCAUACAGGGUGAUCUUUCAGGCUAAAGGCCGGGAUGCACUGCAGUCCUUCAUGAUGCCCUUCUACCUGAUGAAGAGCUGUGAGGUCAAACAACCUGUAUUGGGAGCCAAUUACAUCAAGGGCACCAUCAACGCAGAGCCUGGAGGCGGCUGGGAGGGCAGUGCUAUGUUCAAGCUCAUCUUUGCUGCUGGAGGAGCUAUAGAGUUUGGCCAGUACAUGCUACAGGUUGCAGCUCAGGCGUCAAGAGGUCAACCAGUGACUUCUGGGUUUGGUGGAUGCCCCUACAUGGCCAACGGGGCCUACUCUUAUCCUCCUCCCCCUGCUAACGGGAUGUACCCUGCCGGACCUCCACCCGGCUACUCCUACGCCAACCCUCCUCCACCAGGUGGAUUCUACCCCAACCCUCCAGCGUUUGAUGCCUCUGCGGCCUACAUACCUCCGCCUCCUUAUUCUGCUCCUCUGGGCCAGCAGCCCCCACAUGACCCAGACCUCCCCUCCUCAGCAGCAGCGGAGGCCAAAGCAGCCGAGGCAGCAGCGAGCGCCAGCUGUGCCACGCUGCCUCCUACACAUGUGUACCUGCCACAGGACAAGCCUCCUCCCUACUCCCCUCCAGAAGACAAGAAGAACCAGUAGACCUGCAUGAUCUCACCCUCAUUCCUCUCUGUCUCCUGUAAUCUCUAUCCUACUGGAUCACAUCGUUUCUCAUUCCAUUAACUGGACAUCAGGAAGGCCAAAGUUUUCCUUUUUAACUCCAAUUCCUUUUGGUUUCACAUUUUUCUCAUCCCAUCGCUUUCCCCGCUCAGCAUAUACCUUUUACAUUCCUUUAUUGUAAUCAGCUUCAUUCUCUUCAGAAGCACCUUUACUUGAUGGAAAUUAGAAGUAUUGGUAGCAGUCUGUCAGAGGAACAAGAAGAUUGUUUAGGCAAGUUGUCAGGAUUUGGGGGAUUUUUUCAAUGUAGUUGACAUAAACUUUGUAACCUGACUAGCUAUUUUAGCAUUCAUUGCCUUGCAGGUGUCCCAAGAAUCAUACCACCACCCUAAACUUUAGAUUCAGCGAUGUUGCUCACUUAUAAUUUUCUAUGACUGUCUAUUAAACUAGACUGAAUCUGAUGGUGUUAAUUACUUUGCUAAGCUAUUCAGAGGCAAGCUGAAUGCUGUCUUUUAUUUUUCUAUUAUUUGUGUGUACAGGCUUUUAAUAUGUAGGCUUUUAAAAAUGAGAUAUUUUCUCAAGAACACUAACCUAGAGAAAAACUAGCUUUUGUAAAGAGAGCAGAUUACAAGGUGGUCCCGGUCUGCUUUGACAUGUUUUCGUGGAUGAGAGGACCACAGAGAUUAGAGCAGUGUCGAGCCCCAGCAGUGAAUUCCUGAUCCUGGAUUAGAGCAGAGAGUGAGGGUGACCAGGGCCUGGAGGGAUGUACUGCCAGGAGGGAUUAUCUUUAUAAUGUACAAGAGCAGAGCAGUCACCCAGUGAUGUCACUUCCUGUUUUGUCAUGCCUCUGAACAUUUGAGAAAACACACGGUCAGACUCACCACCAGCCUGCUUCACCUUUCAUUUCUUCUAACGUACAUUUUAAACAUUAUAGAAACAAACAAGAGCAUUAGAAGAUUUUCUCAGUUUAUACUUUCUGUGGUUGUGAUCUUAACUCUCCAGUUUGAGGUCAGUCUUUGAAUCUGAUCUGAGCACCUCAGUAUCUGAGCCUCUACUCUUCCUUCCUUUAUAGUCACUAAUCUAAAUACUGUAUCUGUGGCACAUCUGUGGCUGAUUCUUUGCACUUUCAGAAUGCUAUGCAUCGGGCUCCUAUUUGCUCUGUCAUGGCUGUGUGUAUAAUAAUAAUAAUAAUAAAAAUAUCAAAGCUCUAUUUAUUUCAAACAAAUUUAUUGAAUAAUUCAUGUAAAAUGGCUCAAGUAAGAAAAACAAAGCAUGAUCUCAACUAAUGCAUGUAUGCAUUGGAUUGGAUUUUAUUAAAUGGAUCUUGAUUCAUGUGAAA